CAGACAUGCUCCAGACCUCUAUCUCUCUCACGCAACCAACCACCGACCCCGGCCUUUUUGCCUACUUUGUCGUCCAUCGUAUGAAUGUUUAUAAAGCCUGCACCCUCGGCUAACCCGGCCUUCUGCAUCGCACCCUCUCGCUUCUGCUGUUCUCCGAUAAAUCGUCCGCUUCACUCCCCCCACCAGCCUCUUCGAACUUGCACUACCUCGUCAUACCCACGUGGAAGUCGUGUCGUCCUAUUAGUCAAUCGAACGUCCAGAUCGCUUCCGAGCCCUACGCUUGCCUUGUAUCAAAAGCUCGCCCUCGUGCACAGUGAGCUUCCAUUUUCUCGUGUCUCUUGUCUGUUCUUGUGCAAAACCUUCUAUUCUUUUGCCAGACCUCUCAAAGCAGCAGCGGCGGUCUCAAAUCCAGCAAGCACAAGCAUGGCAUCAGCUUCGCAAUUCUACUCGUUCAAACCAUUGGACAAGAAGGGCCAGCCCUUUGACUUCUCGACCCUGAAGGGCAAGGUUGUCCUAAUUGUCAACACGGCCAGCAAAUGCGGCUUCACUCCUCAGUUUGAUGGCUUGGAGAUGCUUUACAAGCAACUGAAGAAAGAAUACGGAGACGCUUUCGAGAUGAUUGGCUUCCCCUGCAACCAAUUUGGCGGACAGGAUCCGGGCUCUAACGACGAUAUUCAGACCUUCUGUCGCAUCAACUACGGCGUCACAUUCCCGGUGCUGGGCAAGGUCGAGGUCAACGGCGAUGGCGCCGAUCCUGUUUGGCAGUGGCUUAAAAAGGAGAAACCCGGCCUGCUUGGUCUGCAACGAGUCAAGUGGAAUUUUGAGAAGUUCCUCGUCAGCAAGGACGGCAAGGUUGUUGGCCGAUGGGCAAGCACUACCAAGCCGGAGGCGUUGAAAGCUCCCAUCGAGGCUGAGCUUAAGAAGCCUGAUCCCAAAGAAUGAACAUACUGGCGGCACAUAUGGGACUGCAGGGUUGUAGGAAAGGAAGCAGAAGAAAUGCUUGACAUCUACACUUGUGAAAAUGCAUGUAGCUCUUGGUGUACGAGAGAUGGACGUGAUUUGGAGAGACGACAAUGAAUGUUCGAUGGACUGGAUACCCAUGCAUGUACAAAGGCAGAGUAAGGUAUAUCUGGUAUCAGCCAGACAAAGAAGAAAAGUAAUUCGGCAAUUGAGGAGUUUCGAAACGAGAGCCAGUAAGCAAAGUUGAAAUGGCAAUGGUCUUUUAGUCAUGGUUCUGCAGCCUUGAACAGCACGUCUCGCUUCGAUGUCUGGCCUCCAGCUGCUCAUGAAAAUGUGCAAGACGAUGGCCUUUGAUCAUGGCAAAUGCAUGCUACAGGUGUUUGAACAUGCUGACUUCCUCUGUCAGAGGGAGUAAGCAUGCUAAAUAUGUCCCCGCUCAUGCACGCUUUCUAUGGGAGGCCUAUCUGUCAUGCGCGUUAAGCAAUUUGACACGAGCAAGUCUGGGAAAAAAAAAAUGCUAUCUAC